AUCAGUGCGCAGAAUUCAGCGGAUCAUUACGCACUCGAAUACAUUCGACGAGACGUCAGACGCGGAAAUUUGCUGCAAUUUAGACUACAACCAAUAAAUGUAUAUACAUACGUUCAAGAAAUCUUGCAUACAAAGAGGUUUGUCUUAUCGAUUACUCGGGCAAGAUAAUAGAGUUACUGCUACAGCGAUUAGUAAAAAAUUAUAGCAGUAGGCUAGCUACUUUCGAAAGAAGAAACUCAAGUUGCCGAUUAGAUUUUCCAUCCGGCUGAUUUACUUCAAGUCGAAAACUGUCAAAAACCAAUUAACAAUUUGCGACAUCACUAGUCUUAUAUCGAUUUAAAAAUCGUAUUAUAUACUUGCUUGCAGCCAAAAUUGGAAAUCCAAGAAAUGGUCCAUGAGGAGCUCUGCGCUCGUCUUAAUGAUGACGGGUACAAAAACUGGCUGAAGGCAGGCUACUGCCUUUUAAAAGUUAAAGACGGACUGCAUGGUUAUGUAAACAAUGAAAUAAAAUGCUUCCACGGCAUGCUUCUCAACACUAACCCUGUCUUGAAAACGGGGCAACAAUGCAAUCGUAACUGCCGACCAAAAGGUAACCAGCUACAUCAUCUCUGUCGGCUGUGCGAGGAAUGGAAAGAAGAAAUUUUAAGGCACCACACCAACAGAACAGGAGUGGUGAACUGGGGAAACUGCAAGCCCUGUCUGUGGUCCUCUAGCCAUUGGGAGCUUGCUAAGGCGUACAUGCCCCGGGGGCAGGCCAACGUCACUGGAGCGGAGCAAUGUGAUGCCGCUGCUCUCCUCAACCUGAUCACCUUCUGUGACUGCUUCAGUUUCAUCAACCAAUGGCAAGUGAGAGAGGUGAUCAGGAAACGGAACGAGCUGAUGCACUCCAGCGAGAUGCGGGUGUCGGCCCGGUGGAUGGAUCAGUACCGGAGGAGUCUGGAGCAGCUGCUCCGCCAGCUCCAGCACAUCCCGGAGGUGGCUGCCGCGGGCCGUGAGAUCAAAGAGAUGCUGUCUGUGGACUGGACGGUAUGUGUUCCCGGGGUGGACUCUGUGGACGGGCCUGUGAAGACGGGGCCAGAGGCAGGACACGUUAGCCAGGUGGAGAGUGAGCUGCUGAGGGAGAGACUGCAGGAGCUGGUGCUCUGCACGGAGCUACAGGACCCACCAGACCCGCAGGGCAUGCAGGAGUUGCAGAAACUCAGAGGUUUCCUUCAGAGCCAGCGUGACCUGGAGGAGAAGUUUCAUUCUGAGCUCCUAAGCAUCCAGCUCCAGGAAUCACAGCACCAGCAGACUGGGACAGGCCCGGGAGAGGCAGCUGAACUGACAAAGGCCAACUCAUUGGGAGAGACUCUGAGAUAGAUGGUGCCUACACAACUGCACAAUAAGCGGUUGAAAGGGAACAGUGGAAACUUCACAUUGAUUAAUACCUGUACAAAAUACUUACUGUGAAAUCAAUAAACUUUGGUUUUUCAAAAAAUUUAAA